GAGGUGGAGUGCACAGGUCUUAUCAGAUCACCAUAACCUCUCUUUUUCCUCGGCCCGAGGGGAGUGAUGUGGUCGGGUGUAGUGAGUGACCGAGUCUGUUGUUGUUAAUGACUGACAUGUCUGUGUGUGUGUUUGUGUGUGUGUGGUCGCAUGCAGUUUUCUUGCCGCACAGCCAGGCCAGAGUCCAAAUUACCGUUGUUCAAAGCCAGUAGUGUUUUGACAGUGUCCUUUUCUGACUGGAAUAACCUGUUCAUAACGUGUCCGGCUGGUGCACUGGGAAUCCCGUCCACCUUGUAGACUACAGCCCCGCUGUCACAUGCAGCUGACUGUGACAACAAAAGAAGAGCCACCGGGCCGGGAUGUCUGCGAUGUCGGAGGGAGAGGAGUGUGCCGUGUCCAGUUUUCCGGAGCUGAUCCGCCGCAAGCGGGAUGGCGGAAGGCUUUCCAAGCAGGACAUCAGGACCUUCGUGCACGGCGUCAGCUCUGGCAACAUCCAGGAGGGCCAGCUAGGUGCGAUGUUGAUGGCCAUUUGGCAGAAGGGGAUGGCGGCGGACGAGACCGUGGCGUUGACCCAGGAGAUGAUGCUUUCGGGCGAGGUGCUGCAGUGGCCUGCGGACUGGGCCGGCCUGGUGGUGGACAAACACUCCACGGGGGGCGUCGGUGACAAGGUCAGCCUGCCCUUGGCCCCUGCUCUGGCUGCCUGUGGAUGCAAGGUGCCGAUGAUCAGUGGGCGUGGCCUAGCGCACACCGGAGGAACUCUCGACAAACUGGAGUCCAUCCCGGGGUUCUCAGUUAGCCAAUCAGUAGAGAAGAUUCACGAGAUCUUGGUAAAUGUCGGCUGUUGCAUUGUAGGACAGACAGAGACUCUGGUACCGGCUGAUCGAGUUAUGUACGCCUUGAGAGACGCCACAUCCACUGUGGACAGUCUGCCACUCAUCACAGGGUCAAUCUUAUCUAAGAAGGGGGCAGAAGGUCUAAAUGCAUUAGUGUUGGAUGUGAAGUUUGGCAAAGCAGCUCUCUACAAGGACCUGAACAGUGCCCGUGAACUUGCACAAUCUAUGGUAACCGUUGGCAACAGCAUGGGCAUGCGCACGGGGGCGGUACUUAGCCGUAUGGACGCUCCCAUUGGUCGCCUGGUGGGAAACACGCUGGAGGUGUGUGAGUCGCUGGAAUGUUUAAAGGGACGUGGACCUGAUGACCUGAGGGAGUUGGUCACGUCUCUGGGCGGCUACCUGUUAUGGAUGAGCGGUCGCGUUGCCUCAUUGGCUCGCGGCCAGGAAGCGCUGGCAGGGGUCCUUGGCAAUGGGGCGGCCCUUCAGAAGUUCCAGGCCAUGCUGCAGGCCCAGGGGGUGUCCGCGGAUAUCGCCCGAUCGCUCUGCUGCUCUACAACGCGGCCUGCUGACUACUUCCUCCAUCUCAAGCCUGCACAGCACAAGGCAGAGCUGACGGUGCAGAGCGAUGGUACUGUGGUAGACAUCGAUGGUAUGGUGCUGGCACAGGUGCUGCAUAAGCUGGGGGCGGGUCGGACGAAGGCUGGGGAGCCAAUCAACCACAGCGUGGGGGCAGAGCUGCUCGUGACACUUGGGCAGCAGGUUAAAAAAGGAGAUGCCUGGCUGCGGGUCCACUAUGAUUCGCCGACAUUGGACUCACAGCAACACUCUGACCUGCAGGCGUCCCUGCUAAUUGGCUCGGCUGACAGUUACCAUGCCGACCCACGGGUGGCCGAAUUCAUUCUUCCUCAGUGACAGAGACAGUGACUCAGUGUGUGUUUUUAACUGGUGCCUCUACCUCUCUUUUUUGAAAUGGAGAACCACGUGGAUGGGUGGACUGUGUAAUUCCCGAUUUAUGAUAUUUUGAUGCUUGUUUUGAAAAAAGAGAGGAAAAUAAAUUAAAAAAUAAAACUUUUUUUUACCAUUCAGAGCUAUCCUUGGUUUAAGGUACACUG